GGCUUCUGCAUCUGUGAUUCGAAUCGAUCGGUGGAAGAAAAGAAAAACUCUUGGUGAAGCAACUGAGGUCCACGUGACAUUUUUAUUUUUUUUUUUUUAUGAAGAUGGCAUUUAUUAAAGUGGAAAGUGAAGACAUGAAGAUUGAAGAAGCAUUCAGAGUGAAACAAGAAGAUACUGAGGAACAAACAGACCUGAUGCCGUUCAAAGAAGAGAGUCAGGAACUGAACGAUGCAAAGGAAGAGAAAUAUCUGGAUGAGAAACAUUAUGAUUUCAUGACUGAAGAAAAAUCUUUUAAUUGCUCACAGACUAAAAAGGUUUCCAAACGAAAAAGAACAAGAAAGCCAGUAAAUAGAAGUAAUUUCACCUGCCAGCAGUGUGGAAAGAGUUUCGCUGGAAAAGCAAACCUUGAAGUCCACACGAGAAUUCACACUGGAGAAAAGCCUUUCACCUGUGAACAGUGUGGAAAAAGAUUCACUGAAAAAGGAAACCUUAAAAUUCAUAUGCGAAUUCAUACUGGAGAGAGCUCUUUUGCCUGCCAACAGUGUGGAAAAAGUUUUAAUCAAAAAGGAACCCUUAAAAGCCACAUGAGAAUUCACACCGGAGAGAACCCUUUCACCUGCCAACAGUGUGGCAAAAGUUUUAAUCAAAAAGGAAUCCUAAAAAGCCACAUGCGAUUUCACACCGGAGAGAGGCCUUACGCAUGCCUUCAGUGUGGAAACAGUUUUAAACAUAAAGUAACACUUAAUACCCACAUGAGAACUCACACUGGAGAGAAGCCAUUUGUAUGUGGUCAGUGUGGAAAGAGCUUCAGAUGUAAAGUAAACCUUGACUGCCACAUGAGGGUUCACUUAAAAGAGAACAGUUUUAUAUGUCAUCAGUGUGGAAUGAGUUUCCCAGACAGCAAUAACCUUAAGAAUCAUGUAAUAACUCACACUGGAGAGAAGCCUUUUAUGUGCCAUCACUGUGGAAAAAGUUUCCCUCAUAAAGGAAGCCUUAAAAUCCACAUGAGAAUUCAUAAUGAAGAGAGCCCUUUCUCUUGCCAACAGUGUGGGAAAUUUUUCACAGUUCAUGGGAACCUAAAGGUUCACAUGAGACUUCAUACUGGAGAGAGACCUUAUACGUGUCUUGAGUGUAAAAUGAGUUUCAGAUAUAAGAGAGACCUAAAACAUCAUUUGCAAACUCAUUCUGGAAAUAAAUCUUAAUGUUCCUUAAUGCAGGAAGAGGUUUGGGAAACUGAGCAAAAAUCACCUGCACAUUAACUCUGGAGGAACGAUCAUUUAAUUAUGACUUGUGUAAAAAGAAAUGUUUGCCAUUACACUUACAGAUACAAGUUACAUAGAUGUGAGACGGUGUGUGUGCUUGUUUAUGCUACAUUGUGGGGACCAAUUGUCCCCCCGAGGAUAGUAAAUCCUGAAAUUUUUAAACCAGCCUGCCGUCCCCAUGAGGGAAAAAAUUAUUUGAAAAAAUAGUAAAUGAUUUAUCUAAAGGCGUAACAAUGCAAACAGGUUAAGGGGUAGGGGAUAGAAAUUAUAAGAUUCAGAUUAGUAUGUCAGAAUCAGAGAAAUAGAGGAAUAAACUUACAUCUUUCUGUAAAAUGGCACAAUGUAAGUGAAAAUUAUAAAUAAACACAGGUGACACGGAGGAGACGAAUUGUUGAA